CACGGACAGAAAAAGGAGACGCCGGAGCCAGCUCGCGGGUGCGCGGCACGGCUUCCGCCCCGCGCGGCCCCGCCUCCGUGACGCGCCGAGUGGUCACGUGACGGCCGCGCGCGUUCCCGGCCGCUGCGGGCUCCGAGGCCAGAGAGAAAAGACUGCGAGGUGGCCGCAGCUGUGGCCGGAGAGGUGGGAGUCGGAGCGAGGCCCUCUCGGGGGAGCAGGGUGAACCCGGCCACUCCAGGAUCCUCACUCGGGGAGAGGAGGCAUACCUCGCGGUGUCACCUCCAGCCGCAACGUACUCCGGGUCGGCCUUGCGCUCGGGGCCUGAGAGGGGCGGCGGCGGGGUCAGGGGCCGCAUAAAGAAUGAACCAGCAGUGGAAGAGAAAAUACUGCAAGCUGGCUGACUGCUGAUGAAGAAAAUGCUUUAUUUUUAUGGCAGGCAUCUGUGGGAUCUGUAAUAGUAAUAUUUCCAAGUCUCCUCAGAGGGAAAAAUCUCUAAGAAAAACUGAAGACACAGGAGUUUGCUCAUAGAAGGCUAAAAUACUGAAGAGAUCUCCAGGGCAUCUUCAAUAUUCAUGUUAUUUUCUCCCUUGGUCUUAUGUGAUUGUUACCUUUAUGAAGCUUUAGUGAUUACAAAGCACUUUUUUUGUUCAUUUUUACCUGAGCUUUGUAAACUCUGAUUUGCAGGAUGGCUGGCUGUGGUGAAAUUGAUCAUUCAAUAAACAUGCUUCCUACAAACAGGAAAGCAAACGAGUCCUGUUCUAAUACUGCACCUUCUUUAACCGUCCCUGAAUGUGCCAUUUGUCUGCAAACAUGUGUUCAUCCAGUCAGUCUGCCCUGUAAGCACGUUUUCUGCUAUCUAUGUGUAAAAGGAGCUUCAUGGCUUGGAAAGCGGUGUGCUCUUUGUCGACAAGAAAUUCCCGAGGAUUUCCUUGACAAGCCAACCUUGUUGUCACCAGAAGAACUCAAGGCAGCAAGUAGAGGAAAUGGUGAAUAUGCAUGGUAUUAUGAAGGAAGAAAUGGGUGGUGGCAGUACGAUGAGCGCACUAGUAGAGAGCUGGAAGAUGCUUUUUCCAAAGGUAAAAAGAACACUGAAAUGUUAAUUGCUGGCUUUCUGUAUGUCGCUGAUCUUGAAAACAUGGUUCAAUAUAGGAGAAAUGAACAUGGACGUCGCAGGAAGAUUAAGCGAGAUAUAAUAGAUAUACCAAAGAAGGGAGUAGCUGGACUUAGGCUAGACUGUGAUGCUAAUACCGUAAACCUAGCAAGAGAGAGCUCUGCUGAUGGAGCGGACAGUGUAUCAGCACAGAGUGGAGCUUCUGUUCAGCCCCUAGUGUCUUCUGUAAGGCCCCUAACGUCAGUAGAUGGUCAGUUAACAAGCCCUGCAACACCAUCCCCUGAUGCAAGCACUUCUCUGGAAGACUCUUUUGCUCAUUUACAACUCAGUGGAGACAGCAUAGCUGAAAGGAGUCAUAGGGGAGAAGGAGAAGAAGAUCAUGAAUCACCAUCUUCAGGCAGGGUACCAGCACCAGACACCUCCAUUGAAGAAACUGAAUCAGAUGCCAGUAGUGAUAGUGAGAAUGUAUCAUCUGCAGUUGUUGCACAGCACUCCUUGACCCAACAGAGACUUUUGGUUUCUAAUGCAAACCAGACAGUAUCCGAUCGAUCAGAUCAAUCGGGAACUGAUCGAUCAGUAGCAGGGGGUGGAACAGUGAGUGUCAGUGUCAGAUCUAGAAGGCCUGAUGGACAGUGCACAGUAACUGAAGUUUAAAUAAAAAUGUCUUCAGCUCCAUGCUCAAGGUUGAAAAGGUUACCUGUAAAUUUCUGCCCACAUAACAUUAUACUCAUCCCUAGUAGUGCAUUUUGGGAGUUGGGGUGGGAAGGGGUAUGGGAAGGAUAGACCCGUAAUCAAAAUGUCUAACAUGUCUCUGUUGAGAAAUUUAUUUAAUGUAAGGAACUUGGGUGUUAAUAGUUGAGAGCUGUUUAGUAAUAACCCAGUUUUCUCGAGGUCUGUUUACUUUAUAGUUUUUAAAAACUUCUGUAGUUCUUUUGGCCAGUGUGUUUGUAUUAUCUGUGCAUUAAUGGUCCUCAUCUGACUCCUGCAUUGUGUCUUAUUUUUCUGCAUGGAUUGGCAUAAGACCAUUACUAAAAUUUGGCACCUGUGAGAUGUUUGAUAUUAUGAGCAGGAAGCAUAAUUUAAUGUAAGAAUAGAUGUGAAUUUGGGAUUUCAAAAUAGAUGAAUAACUACUAUUUUAUAGUAAAGUUAUUGAUACGGAAAUGAAAACAGCCAGUAACUUAUGUUUCAGAAUGUUUGUAACACACUUCAUGGCGUUCCCAUAGGCUUUGCUGUCUAGUCUUAUAGUUUGAGGUUUUUCUGGUCAGCAUUUUUCUUUUUGAUUACAAAAUUUAUAAUUUAAUAAAUACUAGAGUUUAUCAAAAACAAUUUGUCUCUUGUUUGAGUGUGGAAAGGGUGUGGAAACAUUUUGACAUUUGUGACCAAAGGUCACUUAAAAAGUGGUAGUUUUAAUUGGUUUUCAGCUUUAAAUCACCUGCCCAGAAAAGUCUGAUUUUUUUUCUUAAGAGAUUAUUUAACAGAUUAUUAUUUAAACAGAACCUAUAGGCAGUGUGUAUAUAAUAAAUAUAUAUGGAAAUAAAA